UGUGUCUUAUUUGUGUCAUUUUUUAAGAUUUUUAUGGAAAAUAUAUUGUUUUUAUCAAAUGUCUUUUGACGAAUUGUUUGUUUAAGAUCGUGAGGAAAUCCGAUAAAAUGCAGUUUGCUUCUUUUUUUUCCAAGUUUGUAGGAUUUUGUAAACUUGUAAUUUACAACUAUCCGUAUUCCGCCGUUUCGUCCCACUUUCUUCGCCCUAGUCCUGCGAAUGUAGGUCUCCCCACUAAGUGUCUGUCACUGCUACCACCAGGUAAUACCGAGAUCGUGGGAGGGAGUUGUACGCGGAUGUCAUACUAGCGCUACACAUUCAGUCGUUCGAUCGGCUACUAGUUCGGUUUGUUCAACUAAUAGGUAGUGUCUUAUAAUUAUGGACACACCGUUCGCGCGCGGAAAAUUCGACCAGUCGAUCGAUUCUGGCGAACGAUAUCAGUCAAGUUAAGGGUAUCAAUUCCAUUUUUUAACGGACAAUUUUUGCGUGGAGUUUAAAGUAUCUCCGCAAAAUUUAUUAUUUUUUCUUCCAUAAAAAUACAUAUAUGAUGUGCCAAAUAAUAUUUCAAGUAACGCGACGGGAAUCUUCUUCAAAAGAUCGCUAUAUGUUUCUGCAGAUGGCUAGAUAAUGUUCGUAUUUGUACGAGGAUUUCAAAUAAAAAACUUUAUGCAUCGUAAAGGCAAUUUUAAAACAUGUGAUAUGAAGAACUUAAGAAACUGUGCAACCGCGUAUUAUGCGGCAAUUACAAAUGUGGAUUGCACGAGUUCACUUACAUACGUGGUGCACCACAUUAUUUUCAAAUAAUGUAACAAAUGAAACGAAGAUAUGUGGAGAUCCACAAUAAACUGACUAUCUAUCAUCAAUUGUUGAUUGAUGGCAUAAAUCACUUGCGGGGUACAAUCAUUCUCUAGAUGCGAAUAUAUUUUGUAUAUGUUCGUAGUUUAGAAACAAAAUUUUAUGUUGUAUCUCUGUUUGCCUGCGUUAUAUUUGCGACUAAUUGCAUAAAACGGAAGGAAGAUCGAUAGUUUGAAGGAAAAAAUGUAUUCGGUGUGCUUAACGGUUUUCCUCAUCGUGUCGAUAUGCAGCUUGACCGCUCAGCAGCCAACGUUCUUCAGAAACACAUUCAAGGGGUUGGGCGGCCUUACACCAAGCGCCGUUGCACUCAUGAAAGAUGAGAUACGAGCCGUUUAUUAUUAUGAACAGACAGUGGCGGUGGUCGAUCUCGGACCGAGAAAUGAACUACAUGAUUGUAAUAUAAUCGAAGUAUAUGAGCCGUCCGAGGCUACAGAAGUUUUGCGAAACUUAUCAAUGACUUUACAUCCACAAGUGGUAUCCUUCCAGGAGAUAACGAGACUCAUGCAACAAUGUCAAUUGUUGGACAAAUUACAGGUGGAGGCCACGUCCACUUUGCCUACAAACGCAUUGAGUAGAGGGACUCGCAUAGCCGCGAGUUCCAUAACUCUGUUUUCCGGCAUUCUGCCAGGCACAAAAUGGUGCGGCACGGGCGACAUAGCCGAAAAUUAUCAUGACUUGGGCGAUUUACCUCAUAUUGACAGAUGUUGUCGUAAUCACGAUCUUUGUCCAAUAAAAGUACGAGCCCAACAGACCCGAUACAAUCUCACUAAUUAUUCAAUAUUCACUAAAUCACAUUGUACUUGCGACCAAGCUCUUUAUCAAUGUUUAAAAGCUGCUAACCAUCCAACGGCGAAUUUCAUGGGACAAAUAUACUUCAAUAUCGUUAAAGUGCCGUGUAUAGAAGAUAUCGGAAGGAAUCAAUAUCCAUUAAGAAAAUUUGUACCUGUAAAAAGGGAAUAUUAAUUAUAAGAUACUAGCAGCAUAU